AGCUCCAAGUCAGCUUCAUUCUGUCCUUACUUCUAUUGCCCUCCCUAGUGAACCUUGGUUUUUACACCCUUCCUGAGUACAGGACUCUGGGAAGAAAACCUUUGGUUCCUCUCCUCCACUCCCUUUGGUUGCUCCACCCUCUGUGUACCCCACAGAAGAUUUCCUGUGGAUGGUUGCCCAGGGAUCUCUGACAGAUUGAAGAGAAGGUCCAGGACAGAACUAGUUAUGCCCUGGUCAGAAUUACCUUCUUUGGGCUAGUUCUGGGUCACCUUGAGUCUUGAACUAGGCAAAAUGUUGAGAGAGGCUGGUAUCAUCAUAGUCUCUCUUCUGCUGCUGUCCAUAAUGAAGAAAGAGAAACUAUGUACAGAACUUGAUAAAUUAAAAGUCACUGGCUCCAUCCAUCCCACUGUGGCCAAGCGUGGGGAAGAUGUCACCUUAUCUUGCCAUCUCUCUCCUGAGACAUAUGCAAAGCACAUGAAGGUGAGAUGGUUCCAAGUCCAUUUCUUUCAUCCUGGACAUAUGGAUGUUGAUAUGAACAGAAAACCAAUAGCAGAGGACAAAAGGAUAUUAAAGGAGCCAGAUGCAAUCAACAAAGGGAUAGUGACCCUGAAAAUAUUCCACGUUGAUACUUCAGAUAAUGGACAAUAUUGGUGUCGUUUUGAACAAAAUGGCCUCUUUCAGGAAGCCAGUUUGGAGUUAAAAGUAGCAGGUUUGGGCUCAAGUCCUCAAAUAUACCUGAAGGGAAAUAAAGAUGGAAGACUUCAGCUGGUGUGCACUUCAGAAGGGUGGUUCCCACAGCCUCUGAUGUGGUGGAGAGUGGAAGGGGGAGAGAAUUUGUCUUCCCUCUCGGAAGACCGCAUACAAGACAUAAAUGGACUGUUCCACGUGGAGACAUCUGUGAUGAUCAGAAAUGACUCCAUGGGUGAUGUCAUCUGUUCCAUCUACAACCCUUUGCUUGGUCAAGAGUUAUCUGCUUCCUAUAUUCCAGAGUCACCACUACUGGGAAUGAUUCCUUCUUGGAAGACCCUGCUGCUCACCCUGGGGUUCUUCCUAAUCGUAACUAUAGGAGGUUUUAUGUGGCACCUGGGCCACAAAAAAGUGAACUGUAUUCUAGACUCAAAAACAGCUCAUCCUGAACUCAUCAUUUCAGAGAAGGGUCGAUAUGUGACUCGUGGAAACAUGAGACAGAAUCUGCCUGACAAUCCACAGAGAUUUAAUUUCCUUCCAAGUGUGCUGGGCCAAAAGAAAAUCACAUCUGGGAAACAUUACUGGGAGGUGGAAGUUGGGCCUGGGUCUGGGUGGUUCCUGGGCAUCUGCAGAGAAGAUGUGAAUAGGAAGAGAGAUACUCAAGUGACACCUGAGAAUGGUUUCUGGAUCAUAGGCAGCUAUGGGAAUGAUUACUGGGCCAUUACAUCACCUUCUACCCUCCUCUCCCUCAGGGUAUCCCCCCAUAAGAUUUGUGUUUCCCUAGAUUAUCACCGUGGGCAACUUUCCUUUAAAAAUGUGACUGAUGGGUCCCACAUCCACACAUUCCACAUCACUUCCUUCUCUGGUACCCUACGUCCCUUCUUCCUCUUGUGGUCUCCUGAUUGUUAUGUUCCUUCAGGAAUAUUACAUGGGUUGGGAGGAGUCCAAAGAACCACCAGCCACAAAAGUGACCACAUCCCAUCUUCAAGGAAUUCUGCCUCUCCAAAAACAUUAUCAUUGGCUACUGAGGACCAAGAUUCCUACUUGAUUCCCAACUUCCUCUUAUCUACUCGAAAGAGUAUCUCGGGACCAAAAAGAUGUUUGAUUAGGAAUCCUGGAACCUUUAUCCGGAUUCUUUAAAGUACCUAAUAUCUUCUCAGGAGUUCUUUUCAUCUCCAGUGUUUUGAUUCCCCUCCAGGAGCCAUUACAUCUCAACUAUAGCCUCUCAUGAUCCAGAUUCUAAAAAAAAAAAAAUCUAAGAAAAAAUGGGUGGCGGUGGAGAGAGGGUAGGAAGAGCAGGAAGUCUGUAGAAUAAAAAAUCUGAGAGGUAGUUCUACUAUAUUAAUCAAAUAAUUACUAUGAGAAAUUUUCUAGUAGAAUCUAAGUCUCGUGAGGUGAGAACUACUUUUGGGGUUUUUUUUCUCUGUAUCUCCAAAGAUUAAUAAAAUGUGUAUUUGUUGUCUAACUCUUCAUAACCCCUAUGGACAUUUGAUCAUGAGGCUUUCUUGGUAAAAAUAUUAGAGUAAAUAGAGGGUAAGUGACAUGCCUCAGGUCAAAUGACUCAAAUAUCUAAGGCUAGAUUGGAACUCAGAUCUUCCUGGCUCCAAGCCCAGUACUCUAUCUACUGUGCCACCUAAAGGUCCCCAUCCAACUUCUAAGGGCUUAUUUAAUGAAUAAAAGUGAAAACAUUGUGUCAGAAAUUGGUACAUCUACCAUCCCAGUUAAUAAAAUUGCAGAAGGCAGAGCCUUCUCUAUUGAGUGAUUUAGUCAAUUAGAUGUAAACAAGUCCUCAAUCAAAUUAAGAGAAGUGAAGUCCUUUGAUCAUUAGAUAAAGUCAGGUGACCACAUAAGACAUGUAUUGGGAUUAAGACAUACUCUUUGGCAAUGGAUGAAACACCAGCUGGGAGAUGCUUUCCCCCUGGAGCAUUCCAUCUGUGAAGUGGUCAAGCUUUGGAAGCUUCUGGUCUCUAGAGCACCUUGAAAAGGAAGGCUCUUGUCCCUAGCAGAAAGUAGUCCUCCUCCCCUCAUCAAGAAUACCAUUAAAGACAAUGAACCAGAGCCAAAAAAUAGCUGGGAGAAUAGAGAGACACACUCAGGACAAAAAAGGUAGCUUCAGGACUCUGAAUCUGACUCUCAGAUUUCAGCAAAGAGUUAUGCACAAGAGAACUUCAUGAACAUUCCAUAAAGGGAAAAAAGAAUUCCCAGUAACCAAAAGCCUCAAAUUGCCCUUUUGCCCUCAUGUAUGCCUCACCUCAUACUUUAAGCUUAUUCUCACUCCCACCGGAAAGACUAUAUAUAUAUAUAUAUAUAUAUAUAUAUAUAUAUAUAUAUAUAUAUUUGUGAGAGAGAGAGAGCUUCAAACUGUUUCAGGGGAUGGGGGAAUUCUGUAACAACUGUCCAUGCCAUACCAGCUUAAUAAAUUCUUCUUUUGAAAAACUAACAAACUCAAGUUAAUUAUUAAUGGGAAAUACACUGAUGUGACUUCUGAGAAAAAAUAAAAACUUAAUUUCUAGUCCUAGAAUACUUAUUUAAUUUUCUCCCAGUUCCUUUUUACUCAGUAUUCAUCUUCCCCAUAUGCAUGAAUAAAUGAAUAUAU